AUGGACGUGAUAGCACACCCCAGGACGUACGAGCGGGCCACCGAGACGGUCAUCUACCUGCGCUCCCAACUCCCCGACGUGUUACAAAACCCAAGAGUGGCCAUCGUUUGCGGCUCCGGGUUGGGUGGGCUCGCAGACACCAUCGAAGAUGAGCCCAAGGUCGCGCUUCCGUAUGAGAACGUGCCCAACAUGCCGCGGAGCACCGUCGUGGGUCAUGCGGGAAAAUUCGUGUUUGGGCUUGUGGGACCUAAGAAGCUUCCUGUCGUACUUCUUGUGGGACGAGCACACUUCUAUGAAGGCCAUUCAAUGGACCUUGUUACUUUCGCGACUCGAGUUUGCAAAGUUCUCGGUGUAGAAACCAUGCUUGUGACCAAUGCAGCGGGUGGUCUCAACCAGCAGUAUGCUGUCGGAGAUAUCAUGUGUUUGAACGAUCACCUCAACUUGCCCGGCUUCGUUGGGAUGCACCCACUGCGGGGCCCCAACAUUGAAGAGUUUGGCGUUCGCUUUCCGCCGCUGUCUGAUGCCUACGAUCUCGAGCUGCGGAAACUGACUCACCAGGCAUGGAGGAAAUUGGGGCUGCAUAAACAGAAGCGACGUCUACACGAGGGCGUCUAUGCCUUCCUAGCCGGGCCAACCUACGAAACCCGGGCGGAAUGCCGAAUGCUGCGUUCCUUUGGAGCAGACGUAGUGGGAAUGUCCACGGUACCGGAAAUCGUGGUAGCGAGGCAUUCAGGAAUGCGUGUACUGGCAUUUAGUCUGGUGACAAAUUGCGCCGUGUUGGAAGCCGGCCCACGGGGCGACGAUGAAGCCGUCCAAGCCAUGAGCAAGGAUGAGUUGACCGCAUUCCUGAGCAAGGGGAAGGCGAACCACGAGGAGGUCCUGGAAGCCGGUAGAGAAGCCGCAAAGGACAUGCAGGCCCUUGUCAAGCAGAUCCUCUGCGACUAUGCUGAGCUCUAG